CACACACUCUCUCUCACUCUCUCUCUCUCCCUCUCGCUCUCUCCCUCUCCAUCUCAGUCAGUGCUGUGCUGCACUGUGUGCAGUUCAGGUGUGUGUGCUGCUGUCAUGGACCCGCUGGCCUCCCUGCUGUCCUCUCUGAAGGCCAAGGAUCCGCUCAGCGUUGCUCAGGAGUACAGUGUGGUGCGUUCACGGACCUCAUCUAUAAAGAAUGAGCUGGGUUUGACCUGUGAGGUUGGAGCUCUGAAGGAAAACAUCAAGAAGAACCGAUACAAAGACAUCCUGCCCUAUGAUCAGACGCGGGUGGUGCUGCCAGACUCGGACUCAGAUUACAUCAAUGCCAGCUUCAUCCAGGGGGCGACAGAGGGCUGCAGGUACAUCGCCUGUCAGGGACCCCUCAGCUCCACUCUGACACACUUCUGGACCAUGAUCUGGCAAUACAAUGUCAAGGUGAUCGUCAUGGCCAGCAGAGAGAUCGAGAUGGGAAAGAGGAAGUGUGAGUGUUACUGGGCUGCAGAGCAUCAGGAGGCUUCGUUCGGACCCUUCACUGUCACCACUCAGGGGGAGACUAAGCCAAGUGGAGACAUGGUGAUUCGAACCCUGAGGGUCUCUUACCUGCAGGAGGUGCGCCAUGUGACUCAGCACCAUUUCCUCUCCUGGCCCGAUCACGACGUUCCUCAGGAGCCGUUUGCAGUCCUGGACCUCCUGCAGGGAGUGAGGAGCAGCCGAGGAGGAGACACCUCCCCUCUGCUCGUACACUGCAGUGCAGGCUGUGGGAGAACAGGAGUCAUCUGUGCUCUCGACUACAUCCAUGACCUUCUGGUUACCAAGCAGGUCACAGAGGACCUCAGCAUCCUGAAAGUCGUCCUGGAGCUCCGUCAACAGCGGCCCUCUGCAGUUCAGACCAAAGAGCAGUAUCAGUUCAUCUUCACGGCCGUGUGCUGCAUGUUGGAGCGCCUCCUGCAGUCAUGUGACCAGCAUCUCUACAGUAACCUGUCCCAGCUGAAGACGACCGAGAGAAGAGUCAGAGCCACAAAGUCAGCCUCCUCCAGCAGCAGACUGUCGCUGGGCACCAACAUGGACACCUACGCUGUGGUCAACAAGCACAGGCAGCCACACCCUCCUGCUUCCAGCCCCGCCCACCCCCCGCCCACCCCGAGCAGCGGGGGCAGGCCCAUCACUCAUCUCUAUGACAACGAGAGCGGUGCCUCGGCGACACCCAUCUACAGCGUCGUCCGGCCGCGCAGUAAGGCCCCCAGCCGGCCGCACUCCGCCAUGACCUUCUACGACUUCCCCACGCCGGCCAAUCAGAGGCCGGCGGAGACUCAGGAGUACCAGCUGGUGUCAGCUGAACAGGACAGCGAUUACGAAGACGUUUCUUCUUCGGAGGCGAGCGGCUUCAGUUCGCCUUCAGGCAUCGGUUUUAACAAUCGUGUGGAGCGGCCUAAAGGACCCAGAGAGCCCCCUGCUGAGUGGAGCCGGCUAGAACGAUGAGUUCAAUGACUGUGGUUCAUUACAGCUCCUGUGAAUACUUCUGUGAUUUUUUUUGUUUUUUUUUUUUAAAUUUAUGUAUCCAAGUUUGAGGUACGAUUUUUUUUUAACUCCAGAAAAUCAGCUUCACUAGUUGUGUUUUCAAUGUAACUUAAAAUAAGUUUUAUUUUUUAUAAAGUCACAUAAAGAAAAAUAGUUAGAUUUGAUAGCAGAUGAAAGGAAACAAUAAAUGAUAAUAAAUGAUAAUAAAGUAUAAUAAAUGAUAAAUAUGAUGUUAUUUUGUAGCUUUUCUUGUCUUCAAUCAAACAGAACUGUGAUAUAUUGUAGUUCCCCAGAUGACCAGCAGGAGUCA